UCCAAUUCUAUGUUUCUCUGUGGCUCCUAUAGUCCUAUUAACCAAAAGAAUUUGCGAUUCUUGUUCAUGUCUUAUCGUCAUCCCCAAACUGUAUUUACCAGCUACUUGGUUAUCUCAUGGCGUUCGAGGGUUUGGACCUACAUGGGCUUUUUGCCGGUCACCUGAGAAUAAACACAUUCAGGUUAAUGGUUUUGAUUCUGGAUCUCAUCUUUUCGAGAGAGCAAUUCGGACGAUAGGCGGUUUUACAUAUUUACUGCUACAAAGACACUUCAGCUGAGGACUAAUUCAAAGCAAGAAAGGGAGGCCUGGAUAGAAGCUUUGGUUUCUACAAGAAGUCUUUUUUCAUUGAGACCAUUGAAUGCUAAUCUCUCCCUUGUACGGAAACAUAUAUCUCUAUCAACUGCGAGGCUAAAGAAACGAUUGCUUGAAGAGGGUAUCAGUGAUGUACUUGUUAACGACUGCGAGCAGAUCAUGCUCUCAGAAUUUUCAGAAAUACAAGGUCAAUUCAAUGUUCUUUGCAACGAGCGCUCUAAUUUGCUUGACACAUUAAGACAGUUGGAGGCGGCUAAUAUUGAAGUUGAAGCCUCUGGAGUUCAUGAUGGUGGAUACCGAUUGACGAAGCAUGGAUUUUCAAAUCUAGGGCAUGGGAAAUAUAGCGAAUGCGGCACAACUGAGUCAUCUGAUGAUGUUGAGAAGCAAGAGCUUGAAGAAGUUUCAGAUGAAGAGGAAUCUUGCUUCUUUGAGACAAAAGAAUAUUUUUCUGAAUCAACUAUUAGUUGGGGGUCUCUAGGUGCUGAUCACAUGCAUAAGUGUGUGGACCUGGAAAAUCAAACUGAUCAUAUGAAUGAAAUGAAUGCUAAGAAGGAUCUUGUUGAGACAAGGUACCCACAAAUUGAAAGGCGAAAGAAGCUUCCGGAUCCAGUUGAGAAAGAAAAAGCGGUCAGUCUUUGGUCUGUUAUCAAAGACAACAUUGGAAAGGAUCUCACACGCAUCUGUCUUCCUGUGUACUUUAAUGAGCCGAUAUCAUCCCUCCAAAAAUGUUUUGAAGACUUGGAGUACUCUUACCUUUUAGAUCGGGCAUAUGCGCAUGGAAAAGCGGAGAAAAGCCUUUUAAGAGUUUUGAAUGUUGCCGCCUUUGCCGUCUCCGGAUAUGCCUCAACUGACGGUCGGCACUGCAAACCCUUCAAUCCUUUGCUAGGGGAAACUUAUGAAGCUGACUAUCCUGAGAAAGGGAUUCGCUUCUUCUCUGAAAAGGUUAGUCACCACCCGACUGUCAUUGCCGGCCACAGUGAAGGUAAAGGGUGGAAAUUCUGGGGAGAUAGCAAUCUGAAAACAAGAUUUCGUGGGGGAUCAAUUCAUCUUGACCCUGUUGGACCUCUAACCGUAGAGUUCGAUGAUGGUGAGAUUUUCCAGUGGAGCAAGGUCACAACCACCAUUUAUAAUCUUAUACUUGGUAAAGUAUACUGUGGCCACCAUGGAUUGAUGCAUAUCCGUGGUAAUCGCCAAUAUUCAUGCAAAGUUAAGUUCAAAGAGCAGUCUAUUAUGGAACGAAAUCCUCACCAGGUUCAUGGAUUUGUUGAAGAUGUCGUGGGGAAAAAAGUUGCCACAUUAUUUGGGAAGUGGGAUGAUAGCAUGUACUAUGUGAAUGGAGACAAGGUCGACAAGGUGAAGGACUUGUCUGAUGCAUCUUUGUUGUGGGAAAGGAGUAAGCCUCCUCCUAAUCUCACUCGGUACAACUUGACGUCUUUUGCAAUCACACUAAAUGAACUCACGCCAGGACUGCAGGAGAAACUCCCACCUACGGAUUCAAGACUUAGACCGGACCAACGGUAUUUGGAGAAUGGAGAAUAUGACAAGGCAAAUGAAGAGAAACUACGAUUGGAGAGGCGGCAGAGGAUGUCUAGGAAGUUACAAGAUAAUGGGUGGAAACCACGAUGGUUCCAAAGAGAAGGUGAAGAUGGACCCUUCCGCUAUAUGGGUGGUUAUUGGGAAGCACGAGAGGAGGAAAAAUGGGAUGGAUGUGUAAAUAUAUUCGAUGAAUUGAAUGAAGACCUUGUUGAUUGCUCUGAAGGGUCCUAAUUUUCACAAAGGACCAAUAAAAAGCUUGAGGACUAUUGCAGAGCAGGCUUUGCACAUAUGUAGCUUAGUUUGUCACAAUUCUUAUUGGUCUGGUGGAUAUAAUUGUCUGAACCUGACAAAUAUCAAUCCGAGGGGACAUAAAAAUGAAGAAUCAAUCUUGUAAUUUGUCCAGGACUAUAAUUGUUACAUUUUGUAUUCUGCUUUGUAAGGUAGUCUAUUUGUAUAACUCCUCCAACUUUACUAGCCACUUGCUGAUCAUUUUAUUUGAUAAUUAUCUCUAUUUUAUUUAUUUAUAAAUGAAGGAAAAAUAUUU